GAUCGAAUCGCUGAUCCUCCUUCUUCUUCUUCUCCUCUUCCUCCUUCUUUUCUUACUUACUCUUUACUGUUUCUCUUACUGUUCCUCUUCCCCAUUCCUCCUACCCUCUCAUUCUCGCCCACUUGUCACGCAUUCAAGCUCACACGCCCACAAUCUCGCCUUGACCGCGCCUGCGAGGGACUCUUGCGCUCCAGACCCGGAACCCUUGCCCGAGCCAGCGCAUUCUGCUCCCACCAACACCAUAGAUCCCGUCCGCCACCGAAGCAACAAUUCCAGGCAGUCCUCCGGCUUCCGACGGUCAAAACAGUCGGCGCAGUCUUUAUCUGGCCCGAGAGAGAACCUCUUCAGUUUCGAACGAGGGCGAUGGCAUCCUUCAUCACCACAAUCAAUGCCCGCACUCGCGCGCCCUUCAAGCCGCGGUCGGCCGCCAAGGGCACCACCAGUUACCAAUUGCGACAAUUUGCGGAAGCGACGCUCGGCAGCGGCAGUCUGAGAAAAGCUGUGAAACUGCCCGAGGGUGAAGACCUGAAUGAAUGGUUGGCUGUGAACGUUGUCGACUUCUACAACCAGAUUAAUCUACUGUAUGGCGCGAUUACAGAAUUCUGCUCGCCGCAAUCAUGCCCGGAAAUGAAAGCGACCGAUGAGUUCGAGUACCUCUGGCAGGAUUCGGAGAACUUCAAGCGACCGACCAAGAUGUCAGCGCCCGAGUAUAUCGAGCAUUUGAUGAGCUGGGUGCAGAGCAGUGUCGACAACGAACAGAUCUUUCCAAGCAGACUGGGUGUCCCAUUCCCCAAAGCGUUCCCCAGUCUGGUGCGACAGAUCUACAAGCGCAUGUACCGGGUGUAUGCUCACAUUUACUGUCACCACUACCCGGUGGUUGUGCAUCUCGGCCUCGAACCGCACCUGAACACCAGCUUCAAACAUUACGUACUUUUCAUCGACGAGCAUCGCUUGGCGAGUGGGAAGGAUUUCUGGGGGCCUUUGGGCGAUCUGGUGGACAGUAUGCUGCGCAGUGACUGAUGCGCGGAUGUUCGGAAACACGAGAGGAUGACGGCGGGACUUAGGCGUUCUGGUGUCAAGGCACAUUCGUAAAAGGGUACAUUUCGGAGCCCGUAGAGGCCGUCCGGCGUUGUUCUGGUUUGCUGGAGAAUAUCGAUCUUAUGGCAUUGCCGCCUUUUCUUCUAUUUCGUUCUCGUGUGUAAUUUGUGUAUGAGAUCAGGCAGGAUUUCAAUUAUGUCCC